AUGGUCCUGGUCCACGUCGGCUAUCUCGUGCUUCCAGUGUUUGGCUCUGUGCGAAACAGAGGUAUCGCUUUUUCCUUUCGGGGUCUGCUUCCGAGUGGGGAUCGCCGCAGGCACCGGGGCGGGGGCGGGGGCGGGCGCCGCGGGCGGCUGGGGACUCGGGGCACACCCGCGGGUAUCUGCCCCAUCCCGAGCCUCAGCCUUGCACCCCCUCGUGGGCACUUGCACGAUUUCCCGUCCCAUUCUUUUUUCUCCUUUAACCAUUUUUGUGUAUCACCCGUGUGCUAUGGUCCUGCACCCCCACUCGUGCCCCUCAGCAAUCGUCUUUGUAUGACAGUUGCAUAUAUGGGCUCAAGAAGAUUGUGUGUGUGCGUUGGAUGAGUGUGUAUGCAUGUGUGCUAGUGUGCGCCUCGGAGAGUCAGACGUGCACUGCUGUACCCCUGGGCCCGGCCAGAGCGGCGUGUCUGGCCCUUGGCAGACCGGCGGGCGGCGGGCUUUGUUUUUAAUUGUGAUAUAUGGGGUGUGUUUGCUCAAUUCCCUUUCCCCACGUCCCCUUUCCCCUACAAUCUGCUUCAACAAUAG